GAAUAGAAAAGUCCGGUUUGAAUAAACAAGUUAUCAGAAUGGCUGUAUUUGACAUUGUAAGCCUAUUCUAUUAUUCAAAAUUACAAAUACAAAAACGUUAAUUGCAAUUAAACACACCAUCAUAACAUAUAUACUUGUUUAUAUGAGCUAGCUACAGGAUUGAAUAGGUCAAAAGCUUGACCUAACAGGAAACUCCAUGGAAAUGAGAAAUAACAACCAAUAUUCCUUCGUAAAUGUACAGCUCUCUACGUCUGUCCGUCUGUCUGUCUCUAUAAAUAGAGUUGUUAAUCCAAGUCAUGGAUACGUAGCUACGAAUAAGUUGAUCGAACAUGUCUCAGAGACCAAUUACAAGAGCACCAGCGGAGCAGCAAGUAUCAGCUGAUUCAAGCAGCAGCGACGAUGAGGAUAGGAAAGCUGUGCAGCAGGUGGCUUCUUCCAUGUCCCAACGCGCCAUCUCUCAAACCCUAACGGGCACAGCCAACCUAGCCAACCUGCUGCCCACGGGAACCCUCCUGGCCUUGCAACUCCUCGUACCAGUGUUCACCAACAACGGCUCCUGCGACGCCGCCACGCGUCCCAUGACCUUGUUCCUGCUCCUCCUCUUGGCCCUCUCCUGCUUCCUGGCCUCCUUCACCGACAGCGUCAAGGCCCCUAACGGACAGGUGUGCUACGGCAUAGCUACUCCCAAGGGCCUCUUUCUGUUCGACUCCUCCUCCUCAGCAACAGCAGCUGGUGCAGAUUUGACCAAGUACAAGCUGAGAUUCAUUGAUCUGGUUCAUGCCCUUCUCUCCGUCUUGGUGUUUGGAGCUGUGGCCUUGAGGGACAAGAACGUGGUGGGCUGCUUCUAUCCCAUGCCUGCUCAUGAAACUCAGGAGGUUUUGGACAUUGUGCCCAUUGGUGUCGGACUCCUUUGCAGUUUGCUCUUUGUCGUUUUCCCCACCACAAGACAUGGCAUUGGCUACCCACUCUCACCCUAAGCUAGCUUAUAACAAUUCUUUCGUAUGUUUGGCGUGCAAGAUAACUCUUCCCUAGCCAGGUCGUCGCUCUCUGUACAUAAUGUGAAUUGAAAUUCUCUACCUUGGUAGCUGAAUAAAUUAAUUACUUACACGUUAUCCUAUCAUUCAGGUUUCGUUUAAGAAAAGUUCCUAUUAUUUUCUUUGUUAUCAGGAAAAAUCGUCGAAAUAAUGUCUCACCUUAUAGAAAAGCUAAUCUUCAAUAUUUUAACUU